UAGCGUUCUCGUCCUGCAGGACUCGCCGCGGCGAUGUAGGUAGGACUACCAUAGGCGAGCGAGAGGAGAGAGCGAGUGGGAAGGAGGGAAAGAACGAGAGGUGGGGGCAAGGAACGCUCAACAUCUCAAAUUUGGUUGGCUACCUCGAGCUGCGAGCAGCCGGUUGCUUCGGACGUGGAGUAGGGGUGCGGCGCCUUGGCUUGGCGCGAGCCGAGGACUCGAAUCUCCUGAAUUCCAACCGACAGAAUUGUACCGGCGGUCGUCCGACGCGGGUCACAAACAGUGCGUCGUAGCCCACGUUCUCGCAGCAAAAAAAAAAACACACACACACACACACUCACUCACGCACGCACGUACGCUCGUCUCCAUGUAUAUAAAUUCACGGACACGUACAAACGAUUCGUUCAUCAACAAGUACGAAGGAAUUUUCUAUUACCUCGAAACCUCUCCCUCCCCUCCAACCCCCGAAACCCCUGCCCACGCCGAACCCCCACCCGAACGCCCUCGAAACCCCGACGCUAAAGUCGCAAGUUUUUCGUGUGUCUUCUCGAUGCCGAUCUAAAACCCCGUGUGCUGCUGUAGAUAUUACACGCGUAUAUACAAAAGUGUAUGUACAUACAUAUGUGAAGAUACAUGUAUACGGAGGUACCCGCGCGCCCACGCCGGUUGUUGUUGUUUGUUGUUGAGUUUGGGUAUAAAAGUGAUCACGAGGUGAGCAACGAACACUGAUAAUAUCGUACAUGAAACGUUGUAACGAGAAUCCAACGAUGAAUAUCGGCGUAAAUAUAAAAAUGAUAAAAGUUUACGAUUAAUUGAGAUGCGGCGACGAUCAGUGCGCGGCAAAGUGUCGAGUGAUAGCUUGUGACCUGAAGACAACACCGGUUUGUUGGGAGGAGAGAAGAAUAAGAGGUCAUCGAGUUCGUUGGUAUCGGGCCACGGAAAAUCGGCUAACAUGUAAAUUAUACGAGCGUAAAGUUUGUUUUUAUUUUUUAUUUGUUUGUUUGUUUAUUAUUUGAGAUUUGUUAAAUUAUUUAUUUCAACGACUCGUUCGCCGAUAUCUAACGAUCGAGAAAUACACGCGGUUCCCUUCGGCGACGCGGGGUAGAAAAAAUUAAUCGCCACGAAGAGGAAAUCAUCACGGUAACGAUGUCGGACCAAAAAACUAGAUGCGCGUCAAUAAUCGUACUUUGGACAAUUGUAACAGAGUUGUUUGGCAUGUCGUGGAUCAUAUGAUAAAUGUAGAACCCGUUGUAGAUUUUUAGUUUUUUUCAUUUAGUUCUAUUACACGUUUGGAACGGCGCCGAACUAUACAUCGAUAUCGAAUAAACGCUUUAAAUUCAACGGAGCCGAUAAAAGUUUCAAGUUAUCGAUCACGAUCAACGUAUCCAAACCUGUGAAAUAAUAAUACCAAUGUCGAAGAGGUAAAAUAAAUUAAGUAUGCAAAAGUUUUCGACUAGAAAAACGCGUGUGUGCAACAAUCAUGCCAAACGUCAAACGUUUGGUUGUUAAUUGUAAAACGUUGAAAUUGAAAAUUUUCACAACAGACUGUUAUACGGCCCGAAAUAUAAUGACAAAUGUUUAUGUGGCUGAGUGAAAACACUACGCGAUUAUAAUACGGACACGUGUUGAUAUCGCGUUAGAGUCGCCAAGCGAGCGAAAUAGAGACAAUUAUGAGUGAAAUGGCAAGUGUUGAUCAGCAGCAGCAGCAGCAGCAGCAGCAACAGUACGUGGCUAGCAGCGCGAGCGCUGAGCACCACUGCAAAGACUGUGGCCUCUACUUCGAGAGCAGUAAGAGCCUCGAGGUGCAUCUUCGGUAUCAUCAAGAGAACUUGCUCAGCCAAUGGGCGAGUCAAGCGCAGCAGGAGGAGAGCAACAACAACAACAGCAAAGCCGGUAACCACAACAGCCACGUGCAGAGCUCCAAACGCGAGAGCAUCAGCGCACCCGCUGAUUCCAGCGAACCCUCGUCGAGACCACCGUCCGAAGGACCCUCGCCCGCCCAACAAAAUGCCCAACAACCGGCGAUGCCCCCGCAGCAGCAGCAGCAGCAACAACAACAACAGCAGCAACAGCAGCAGCAGCAGCAUCCGCAACAACAACAACCCCCUACGCCGCAGGGCUUCCCUCAUUACCAAACGCCGAUGUUCAGCGAGACCACUUACUUCAUGCAAAAUGACCCGGCGUACAUCUUACCGCAAGAAUACUCGCCCAAUCACGAACCCGACACGCAGGGUAGUUACAGAUACCACCCCUACCAACACCCCCAGCAUUAUCCACCGGAAAGGGCGAACUCCGUGAGUUCCACGAGUCCCAGAAGUCCGUUGCAGUGCGACAAGUGCGGAGCCGUUUACGAAAACGCGAGUCAACUGGGGGAGCACGUACGCGCUAACCACCCCACGUCGCCCGGUGGUUAUCCGGGACAGCCGCAGUACCAGCAGAUCGGCAGCAGUCCGUCGCAGCAACAGAGUCAACAACAACAGCAACAGCAACAAAUGCACUCGUCGCCGCCGCAGCCCAGCUCGCAGCAGCAACAGCAACAACAGCAGCAGCAGCAGCAGCAGCAGCAAACUACCGUUUACAACGAUUACAACAAUUCGAGAGCGAUAAAGCAGGAGAUCAAACAAGAGCCUGAGGAACAGGCGGAGAUUCUCGAUCUGGACUCGCACAAGGUGCAGACGCAUCGGUACGAGGAGGAGUUGAUGAGGCUGCACCAACAACAGCAGCAGGAGAUACAGAUGCAAAUGCACCAGCAGCAGCAACAACAGCAACAGCAUCAGCAGCAACAGCAACAGCAACAGCAGGCGAUGCAGCAGCACCCGGGAAGAGGCGGACCGCACUCGGUGAGUUCUAUGUUAGGAUGGCCCUCGGCACAGCCGCACGACUAUCAUCCCGGCGUGUCACCGAUGCCGCCGAUGGGACCGAUGGAGAACGUCUCGCCUAUACCGGAUCAGAGCCAAUUUCUGCGAGCGCAGCACAUGGCGGUGGAACCGCCGCGGCAUCCCGGUUCGCCGAUAAUAACGAGUACGCAACAGAUGCCGGCCCAUCAAAUCCCCGGUAUAUUGCAGCAACCCCCGAAACCGCCGCCGGUAACGAAUCAGUCGUGGAAAAGCAACGAGGCGCGCCGACCAAAGACUUACAAUUGCACGGCGUGCAACAAGUGGUUCACGAGCUCGGGUCACCUCAAGCGUCACUACAACACAACGCUCCACAAAAACGCGGUGAAGCAGAGCGGGCAGCCUGACCCCGCGAAUAUGCCGAUAAGCGCCCACCACCACCCUGGCAGAGAUCCGGUAAUGGGGCCCGGCAGAGGUCCGCCAAGGUCACCGGAACUAUCUUCAUCGGGGAGUCCCCCAAACUUGAUGGCAGGUCCCUCGGGCGAGGCGGCGAGGGGCCUGCUCCACACGCCCACCCACCUUUACACCAGCAGCAAUUCCAACAGCAGCGAAUCUUCAGCGGCAGCAACCACCAUACAGCAGCAGCAGCAGCAGCAGCAACAACCGCCUUCAACAAUCCACAUGCAAUCCACAAUGGUACCCCCCCUCAAUUCGCCAAUAGCCUCGUCGCCAAUGGGGGGGCACCACCACCCCCAUCAUCCGCAUCAUCAUCAGCACCACCACCAAAUGGGUUCGCCGUCGCAAAUGGUGGCCCAUCACCCCAUGACUUCGCCCAUGUCACCCAUGGGGGUCCACCCGCACCUGAGUUCACCUUCGCCAAUGGGCACCAGCUCCCAUCCCUCGCAUCACAUGAGUUCGCCCUCGCCAAUAAUGGGAGCGCCAAUGAGUUCGCCGCCGAUGGGGGGUACUUCGAUGCCUCAUCAGCCGUACCCAAACGCCUUGCCCCCCCACGUUACAACUACUACCAGCAUCCCGGGUCUACUGGAGUCUAUCACCAGCCAACUAACUACUAUUGGUAAUGGAGACCCCAGGGCACAGCAGCAGCAGCAGCAACAUCAACAACUGCAACUGCAACUGCAACUGCCGCAGCAGCAGCAGAGCCACGAGAUGCUGCCCGGUUUCGGGACCUUCAGUAACCACCAAAGGUCCCUCCCGAGCUUCACGCAGUUCGGGAUAACCGGGUUUUUUAUAGGCCACAAUCAACCGCAGGCCGUUAACGUGGGGGGGCUAAGUCCGGAGGAAGCACUUCCUCAAGACAGGUCCUUCGACUCCCCAGGAUCAAACUACGACCCCUACAACAGAAACUCACCGCCUAGGUACGAGCCGCUCACCGCCAUGGAAGUCGUACCCGAGACGACCGACUCCCUCGUCAUAACCACCUUCGAUAUUCAGCAGCAGGAGCGGCAGCGUAAUCACGACCACCAACAACAGAAGCCCAUGGAGACGAACAACAACGUGCCGCAGGUGAAGAGGGAACCGAGUCCCAUACUCGUCGCGAAGGAGGAGAUCGUCGCCAAGGAGAACAAAAAGUCACCGUUGAUUACGAAGGAGCAUCAGGUGACCAGCACGAAUACCGGUUCGCACUACAUCUCGCAGGACGGGUUCCACAAGUGCAUAGAGUGCGACAAGGUCUUCAACAAGGCCUGCUACUUGACGCAGCACAACAAAAGCUUCCAUUCCGGCGACAAACCGUUCAAAUGCAAUCAGUGCGGUAAGCGAUUUCCCCUCGAGUACCUUCACGCCGAACACCUCCAGAAGCACGCCGGCGACAAGCCGUACAAGUGCGAGAUAUGCCCGAAACAGUUCAAUCACAAGACCGAUCUUAGGCGGCACAUGUGCCUCCACACGGGCGAGAAGCCCUACGCCUGCGAUACCUGCGGCAAAGGAUUCAUAAGGAAAGAUCACAUGAUGAAGCACUUGGAAACGCACAAGAAGAAGAACAAUCACCACAGUCAGCAGCAGCAGCACAACCAUCACAGCUCGCAGCAGCACUUGAAUGCGUAACCCGAGGACCCCCCCCCCCGACCCCCCCGACCCCCCUUGUAUUUAUUAAUCCUCCACCGAUACGUGAAAUAUGAGUGGCGACGUCGCAUCGAAAAAUCCGCCAUAAGGAGAGGAGGCCGUUGUCCGAAUAACACGGAAUCAGGGACGAGCCGGGAACGGCUCUCACGACGAUAUUGAUUUUGCUCAAAGAUAUUUAUUAUUUCAGAUAAAUAAUGAUCGCCGCGUUAAGUUCCUUUUUUUUUUUUUUGUUUUUUCUUUUCUAUUUUUCUUUUCUUAAGGUCGCUUCAAAUCGAAUGACAUGAGUUAAUCGUUGCCCGUUUUUCCUCGUCGGAUUUCUAUAUCUGUGUUGUGUUGUGUAUUGUAUAUUUGUCGAUUUUCAAUGAUUUCGUAUCGAAACCGGUAAAGUUUAUCGUUUAUUUUAUAUUUUUUGAAACCAGAUACGAUGUCGAUCCGAUGAAAAGAAAAUAAUGCAAAAAAAAAAAGAAAAAAGAAAAAGGGGGUGAAAAUACGCGACAAGGGAAGAGAAACUUUUCGCGUCAACUUGCGCUGGUAUCAUUCGACUUGAAUCGUCGGGAAGAUUUUCAAUUUUUACUGGGUAGUCGCGGUACGCGAAGCCGACCGAUAACGUUCGCUCGGUCUCUCGGACCGCGACCCACGUUGACUAUUGAAUAUAAUUACGCUGUUACAUUGUUCGCUGAUCGCUCGAAAAAUUAGUCAGGAGAACGAGAGAGUCUCGACUUGAUAUAAUUGUAAAAUGGAAAAAUUCGAUUAAGCUGCACAGAGCGCAGUGACGAUAAAUAAUUGAUCAUUGAAUGAAACGAUAUCAAACCUUGAAGCUUAUCAAUUGUACAAAAUACGUUAAAUGUAUAGGCAUAUUAUUGUAAUUAUUGAUUUAAAGUUAAAACUAAUUAGAAAUUGAUUAUAGAAGACCUUAAUACUCGUAAUACUCGUAUUUUAUAGCGAAAAAAUAACUCGUCUAAAGAAAAAGGAAAAAAAAGUUGAUAAAUAUAUUUCUCCCAAUGUGAAAACGAAUGCUAUUGUAUACGUUUAUAUUCAUAUACGGUACGAACGGUUUGAGAAUGACGUGACGAUAACGAAUCGGCCGACGAUACGCCGUUGACGACGGCGACGUUCGUUUUUGCAAAAAUAAAAUUACUUCAGCACGGACGAGGAAUGAUUUUCCAGAAUUUCAAUUCAACCCAAAAACCAUUACACCGCCGAUCCGACCAAUUUCCUCUCCCCGAAUAACUACAGCGACUAAUUAUUAUCAUAGAACAGCAGGUCGUUUUCACACUGGCUCCUCUUCUAAUCCUAAGAUAGCCUAAGUUGUCACGAAUCUUGCGUCAUAAUUUUUAUUUCGUCGGGGGUGUUUGCGUCCGUCGUCCCCAGAUGUGCUACGUCUCAUUGACUCUGGACUGUAGAUUGAAUAAAUUGCAGUUGAUUUUUCGACGACGACGACGACUUGUUGGAAAUUUUGACAUCCGUAGAACCCGGGGGACGAUGGAAAUCGCAUAUAUGAAAAUUCGUAUAAAAAUACUGACACGCAAUGUAGGUAACGCUGACCUCGCCAAAACGAAAUAUAGUUAUUUUGUUGAAUAUUAGUUACUCAUUUUUAUUAAUAAUUGAAUAAGUUGAAAAGUAAGAAUAAAAAAAAAAAAAACGUGUUGUGGUUAUACGAGAGCCAGUGGUGUCUCAUUGCUUCGUUGUUGUGUUUGCAUCUAUCUAUCUAUUUAUCAGACUAUGUAUAUCAAUCCGCGUUUGUUCCAAAUUUUUGCGUGCGACUCUAAUUGUGAUUUAUAGAAAGAAAAAUUUGUUUCUCAUCAUUGCGAUGAUUUUAACUACUACUAAUAUUACGACUACUACUAUUACCGCUGCUGCUACUAUCGAACUACCACUACUACCGCUAUUCAUUUCACGAGGACGAGGUCUACACCAUUACGAUGUUGUUGUAAAUAUAUUUUAAGUACAUACAUAUUAUACAUACACUAUACAAAAUGAUACGAACUAGCAGUUGCCAUUUAUUAACGUGAAAUCUCAGAACAGACUACCUCAAAGUUUCAGGAAUUAUAAAGAAAAAAAUAAAUGAAAGAAUACCACAAAAAAAAAAAGAUUACUAAUAUUAAUUAAAUAAAUAAAUUUUAACAAGAAUAAAGAAAAUAAAUGAAUAAAUACCGUAAACUAAAAGAAUAUGAUGAUAAUGAUGAAAUAAAGAGAAAAAAAAAGCCAAUGCAAUAAUUAUAUAAAAAUACAAAAUAUUUUAACAAUAGGCGGACAGAAUGAUAUUUAUAUAUACAUAUAUAUAUAUACAAUAUACGCAAUUUUCUUCGAUCCAUUGUACAAUUUGAUAUAAUAUUGGAGAAAUAAUUGUACCAAACGCACUUGCCAUAGCAUUAAAAUGACGAUUGCAUUGUAAAGAUGUUGAGUUUACCGCCGUGCAGUUGAAAAUUAAGAAAGAAAUAAAAUAACAUUGUUUAUACGAGAGUAAAGUAAACUGAAAUCCUACAAUAAUUAGUUCCUCCGAUCGUCCGCCAGUAACCUAUUAGCGUAAUAGACAUACGAAUCAAAUGAAUGAACGCAUACCUUAUACAUACAUACAUAUUACAUGUAUAUAAAAAUAGCCAGCGUACGUUAGACAUAUCAAGCAGUAUUACUGUACUCAGUUUAUUUAAAUGUAAGUGAAAAAAGAAACGAGGAUAGAAAUAAAUGAGAGAAAUGAAGAGAAUAAGAAGAGGAAUGGUAAUCGAAAUCAUAAGUAAAUGAAUAAAUGGAAAAGAAGCAUAUUGUACUCAUAUCAUUAGCGUUUAUCACAAUUAAUAAGAAAAUCUGGGCAUUUUUGCAAAGCAAUCUUUUGACUGUUCACGCAUACACAAUAAUGAAGAGAACGAAUACAUAUACGUAACGUUAUAUAGCGAGAAAUCUUGGGCAUUCGUUUAAGGAAUAUACGUAUUAACAUUAACAAUAUUUACGUCUAUGAGGAUAUAUGCAUAUUAUUACUAUUAUUAUACAGAUAUAUAGAAGUAUAUAUAUACAUAUAUAUAUAUACACACUAAUAUGUAAAGUACAUCAUCUACAUGUAUAUAUAUACUUGUAUAUAAAAAUCAAACGAAAAUGGAUGAAUGAAAGUGAGAAUAAAUAUAUACUUAAUUCGCAAGAAUACAGUACCAAACAAUAAUUGGUUGUGCCAAACAAGUUCCCUUAUUUCUUCUCUUUUCAUAAUUUUAGUAUUGUUUUUCAUUAUCUUGAUAACUUUUUUUCUCUUCAAUAUCCUUACCAUUUUUUAUACUUCAUCGUACGGGCAUUUUAGAAUGUAGGAUCAAAAAUGAAAAAUGAAAAGUUAAAAAUAAAAAAUAAAUGAUAUAAUCAUAUAACUUCUUUGCUGAGAACAUUAUUUGAAAAAUCACCACUGAAAAUACAUGUACUGCCAGAUCACAUUUCAAUAUGUAAAUUCAUAUCGCGGGGUUCGUUUGUUCCAAGGAAACAAAAAAUCGGGAACGCAAAAUAUCAAGUAAAUUGAAAAUAUCACGUCAUAAUUCUAUAUUUUAGAAGACACAGUUAUCCUUUACUCUCGUUUGUACAGUGGUGCCAUAAGAUUAAUGAAUAUUGACGAAAUGAACGGCAAAAACCUGACGUGAAAACACACCGGUAGCAGAACUUGAAAUUUUUUAUAACUAAUAAUAAUACUAAUAAUAAAAAUAAUAAUAGUAAUAAUAAUAAUAAUAAUAAUAAUAGUAAUAAAAAUAAUAUUAGUAAUAAUAGUAAUAGUAAUAGUAAUAAUAACAAUGAUCACGAUGAUAACAAUGGUAAUAAUGAUAAUGGUAGUUAUAUUAUUGAUAAUGAUAAUUAAAUAAUUGAUAAUAACGAUAGUGAUAACGAUAAUGUGGUUUCUGUUCCUGUAUACGGCCGUUGGAAAACUAUUGAGAUAGAAUAUAAUAUUACGACCUGUAUUAUUUUAUACGUGUUUAAUUAUGUUUUUAUAAAUAUAUUUUAUUUCUUACACCUUAUAUACGCUUUCGGUUCGAUUAUUUUUCAUUCCGUUUCUCACAUUCUUCACUCACAUUCCUACACGCUACAGUUUUCUCAAUCGAUAGUUCGAUGAUGAUGAUGAUUAUUAUUAUUGUUGUUGUUGUUGUUGUUGGUUUUCGUUCCGUCGAUGAAAUUAUUUCCACACUUUAUCCCACGUGACGUAAAAUCAGCACGGAAAUAUCAUAUCUUGAACAUUUGAGUAUUUAUACCUAUAUACAAUUAUUAUACAUAGGUUACAUUAUAUACGUAUAUACGAUAUGACUAUUAUUAUUCUCGAAGGGUUUAAACGAAUAGAUAUCGAUAUAUAUGUUGACUAAGGUCGAUAAUUCUCGGGCAUUUUUGUUAAGUACCGCUAGCAAAAAUGCAGGUCUACGGUAGAAUGAAAUUUGUUAUACGCGUGCGGCUGUUAUGGCUGUAUAUUAUACAUAUAAACGAUAAACAUAUUUGAAAUAAAAAGUCAAUGGAACUUGAAUUUUCGCGCAGAAAUUCCAGAUACGUUGCGUCGUAAUGAGAAGGAAAAAUUAUGGUUAGAGAUACAAUUGGGAAAACAAAAGACAUGUCUCACUACAUUUCAAUGAAUUAGGGUUUAAGUGAAAUUUACCUGAUGACGAAGCAAUAUUGAACGAUCUGUUUAUGAUGAUAACUAAAAGUAAAUAUGAAAUAUGAACUAUUAUGAACUAUGAAUAAAACGAAAAAUGAUGUUAGGUGUAGUCUACUCUAUACUGUACGUCUCCUAGCUAAAUUUUUAUGUUUUUUAAUUCGUUGUGAACGAAUGUUUUGGGUAUAAAAAAAUAAAAAUAAAAAUAAAUGAAUAAAUAAAUAUUAAGAUUAUAAGAUGUGGAGAUGAAGGUGGAAAAUGCAAAUCAACGAGCUGCGCAUUUAACAGCUUCCGUAAUAAGAUUCUGUGUAGAAAAUACAAAAGACUACCAGACGAGAACAAUGAAUUUAUUGUUAUCGAAACAAGCAUCGCCAGAAUUUUCAUAAUUCAAAAAAUGACAUUCGUUUGUCGAUAACGUUUAGUUAGUUUCCUUAUUCGUGCCCACCUUGGAAAUGCGAGAAUGGAAAAAUUUGAGGAACCCGUUUGAAUAGAAAUCCGAAAUCUAACAUUCGCUGAUAUUCCGUCAAUUAUAAACUUCCAUUUCGGAAAUUGAAGAAAACUAAGAGAAAAAAAAAAAAAAAAAACAGCCCGUGAAUUUUCGAUCAUUACCUAUACCGAAAACUCCAAUCAAAUGUAAAUCAGAGAUAUUUUUCCUACGUCAAAACCGAUGAUCUUAUAGCUUCACAAAGUUGAAUACAUAUAUAGGUAAUAAGAAACCACAGUGAUGAUCGGAAAAUCAUAAAUAAAUGUAUUGGUUCAUCGAUCCAAACGAUCGAAACAAAGCGAUAUGACAAGUACCUAUACCUACCACUCGGCAAAUGUAACUGUAACGUACACAAUGGUUGAUAUAUUGAAAUGGAAAAGAAAACAAAAAAAAAAAAGAGAAGAAAUCAUACCUAAGAAUGAAACAAUAACUAUUUAUUGGUAUUAUGAAAUUUAUGAAUUAUAUCUCGACGAUGCCAUACACAAGUACCUCAUGAUACAAAAUCCAUGUACAAAUGUUCAUACGUUUUCAGAAUAAUAGCUAAUUAAUAAAUAAUGAAUAUCCAUAUUGAAA